UCGAAGAGAAGUUUUGUAAGUUUGAUUGUUAGGGAAAUUUGGAGUCAAAGUGGAGUCAGAGGAAAUUUAGAAAAUUCUUGAGAGGAUUUUAGGGGUUGGAAGGGUUUUUUGGAAGGAAGCGGGGAAGUUUGGAGAGGUUUAAGGGGUUUGUGGCAGUUGAAUGAGGGUUUAUAGAGACAAAAGCAAAGGAAGGAUGGGCUGAUACAGAUGAUUGAGAAGUUUGAUAAUAAGGAGAAAGAAGUGUGGAAUUUGUUGGAUGAGGUAGUGAAUGAGCCUGUUGAUGAUGUUGUGAAUAAAGUCAUCAAAGGAGACUUAGUGGUUGAUGUGGGCAAUCAACAGAGUUGUAAAGAAGUUGCUGUGGAUUGGGAGGUUCAGAACAGACAGGCUGCUUUCCAAAAAGCAUUAAUAAACCUCAGGAAUAAAGGCCAAAGCAUUUCCCAAAAAGAAAUAAAGAAUAAGUUAGACUGCCUUGAGAAACUUAUAAAAUGCAAGGAGUACUCAGACAUAGAUACAUACCAGCUAGGUUACUCCCAAGAAGUAGUAGACGAGUGAAAUAACUUCCUCGUAACACAGGAGCAAGAAGCCCCUCAGGAGGUGCUCGAAGUCCUUCGACGAAAGCAGAAUCCUGUAAAGAAGGUUUCAGAGAAUCCAGAUCAGCUCAAAGUUGCAGAUGAGCUUAUCAAGAAGAUGAAACAAGAGAGAUUGUAUAAAUAAGCUUAAGGAAAAAGAGAAAAGGGCCUUGCUCAAAGAAAAACUUCAGAAACAAGAGCAGCAGUUCACUAAGCGUCAAGCCGAAGCCGAAGAAGAUGCCAGGAAGCAACGUCAUGAGAAGUUGAUCAAAAUAAGGGAGAAAGAGGAGAUGAGGAAGAGACGCAUUCUUGAAAACCAGAAUAAUUACGUUACUAAUCUCAAGAAAGUCCCUAUUCCACUCUACAAGAAAAUUGAGAAGCAAUUUGAAGAGGACUAUACCAUUUCAGAGCUUGAGAAGCGCAAAAAGGAGCUAGCAGUGAAACGGAGUUUCAUGAAACCCAUAGAUCCACUGGAGAUCGCUAAUCAUGAGAAGGAAUACGAAGAAAAAUUAAGAAUUGAACAAGCUAAAAGAGAAAAUAAGUACAAACUCGAUAGUGAUUAUGACCAUAAGAAGUAUCACUCUGUCUUCUUAGAUAAUGUGCUUGACUCAGAUGCAAAGGCAAAAGAGGCUAUCUUCAAGAAAAGCCGUCAGUCCAACGAGUUAUGUACUAAAAAGAAGAACUACUCUAAAGUAAUCAUGGAGACCUAUAAGCCACAAAUCUCCAAGAGAAAGAAAAUUGAAAUGGAGCUAAUCAAGCAGAAUUUGAUCCAGCCAAGAGCUUAUGAUAGAAUCACCAAGAAGGUAUCUUCCACUAGAAACUCAGACAGAAGCGGGCUCUAUAAAAGAAAUCAUUCAGUAGAGGCUCGUAGCCCCAGAAGAAACAGAAAGAAUGAUCCAGACUGGAGAUCGAUGAAUAGAAUAGUCGGACCUCCAAAACCAGAGAAAUAGCUUCGUCAAGAUCGACUACUUAAAAAGAAGUUAUAGAGACAAACCUGAUGAGCAUUCUGAGUAUAAGCAAAAUGAUUGGAAAAGUGAGAUUAGAAAAUACGAUGGAGAGGACCGCAUAAAUUACAUGAAAGAGAAAGCAAGGACCAUCGAGGAACUUGCUCUUCGGAAAGAGAAACACCUCAAGCUACUAGACCAGGACACCAAUGAAGAAAGGAAUGAAGUAAACGACAUGAUUAUAGACUCUAUAAAGGCCAAGAUAGCACUGCUGGACAACAUUGACUAAUAAUUCUAUAUUCUGAGUUCCAAGA